UACGUAACUGGUUAGCCCUCGUCUGCAUUGCUAUUAACUUUAUUGUCUGUGAUACAAGCGAGUUUUGUUACAUUCUGUGUGUAUCAUUGUUUGUAAUCUAUGCCGCAAAAGUGACAGCAUAUUGUUUUGACUUUUGAUCAAAAACGUGAAUUUAUUGUAAUAGUUUUCAUCUGUUAAUACACAAUACAAUAUUAUGCAUAUCGUUCAUAUAACAGACUAAACUAGAAGAUGGCUUUUCAAUCAACAUUUUCGUCGCUGUCGCGGCUACCGACGGUAGAGCCGGAUUCCCUUGAAUUCCUGAUGUUUUCAGAUGAACACAUAAGAAAAUUGAGUGUUGCAAAAAUUACCCACAUACAGUCAUUCGAUUCUAUCGGAAACGCCACGAAGGGUGGGUUAUAUGAUUCCGCACUCGGUCCACUGAGAGACAGAAACGACAACUGUGAAACAUGUAACAAGCCUUUAUUGCAUUGUCCCGGACAUUUUGGACACAUAGAACUACCUCUGGUUGUAGUAAAUCCAUUAUUUAUAAAAAAUAUAUACACCCUAUUCCGUAUAAGUUGCUUGAAAUGCUUCAAGAUACAGCUAAAUGAUAGGCUUAAAUUUAUUCUAAAACUUCAACUUGACUUAAUUGAUGCUGGCCAUGUAACUGCUGCAUUGGAUUUAGAAAAUUUUGUGGGAGACAUAAUGGAGGGUAAAAAAGAUUCAGAAAAACCACACAAAAUAAUACGAAAAUAUCAAAAGCUUCUAAAGAAGAGAGAUGGCAUUGUAGAAACCUUCCAUAAUAAGAAUGUAGAUAGGAUAAGAUCGAGGAUACUAAAUGGGUACUUCAGAACAAUGAAUGUGGCCAAAAAAUGCAUAUUUUGUAAUUGUAAGCUAAUCAAAGUUACAACUUCAGAGAAUAAAAUCAUGUACAAUCUCGCCACAGAAGGUAAUACAAAAGGAAUCAAAAUCUUAAUGCCUGACGAGAUUAAAAGACAUUGCACAGCUAUUGCUGAGAAUAAUGAUGAUUUACUGCAAUACUUCUUCCCGGUCCUUAGACAUACUGAAACUAAUCCUGUCUCUGACAUGUUUUUCAUGGAACUCAUACCAGUUUUACCACCUUGUGUUCGACCAUGCAAUGUAAUGAGAGGGGAAUUAAUUGAGCAUCCACAAACCAAUGUAUACAAAGGAGUUUUACUUCAUUCAUACUCUGCAAGAGCUGUCUUGCAAGUUCUGGCAGCACCAGAUCAGCAAAAAGCUGUUGAUCGUCUUGAGCAACUACCAAGACAGGCUUAUGAGGCUGUGAAUGGUAAAACAGCAGCUGAAAAACUGCAUGUUGUGUGGCAAGAUUUGCAGAAAAGUGUCAACAAUUUACUUAGUUGUGAAGGUACUGGAAACAACAGUCAGGGUUUAAAACAGAUAUUGGAGAAGAAAACAGGCUUAAUAAGAAUGCAUAUGAUGGGCAAAAGAGUUAACUUUGCUGCCAGAUCUGUCAUCACACCUGAUCCAAAUGUUGAUAUUGAUGAGAUUGGUAUGCCUGACGUAUUUGCGAAAAAGCUUACCUACCCAGUCCCUGUAACUGAAUGGAAUGUUGAUGAAUUGAGGAAAAUGGUAAUAAAUGGACCUAAUGUACAUCCAGGAGCUGAGAAAUUGGAAGUAAAAAAUGGGAGAAUAAUUCGCAUCCCACCAGAUUCAAUUGUAAAGCGUAAAAGUCUCGCCAAAAGGUUGUUAACUCCUGAUGGAUAUAAGACUUCUGAACUCAAAAUUGUGCAUCGGCAUCUAGUUAAUGGAGACAUACUGAUUCUCAAUCGACAGCCAUCACUUCACAAACCUAGUAUGAUGGCACACAGGGCGAGAAUUCUGAAAGGUGAAAAAACUCUAAGAUUGCAUUAUGCUAACUGCAAAUCUUAUAAUGCUGACUUUGAUGGUGAUGAAAUGAAUGCCCAUUUUCCACAAAAUGAAUUAGCCAGGAGUGAAGCAUACAACAUUAUGUCCGUCAGGAAACAAUACCUUGUCCCAAAGGAUGGUACACCGCUAAGUGGGCUCAUUCAAGAUCAUGUUAUUUCUGGAGUGAGGAUGUCCUUAAGAGGAACAUUUUAUACAAAAUCUGAUUACCAACAACUUGUAUUCCAGGCUUUAGCAAACCAUAGAGGAAAAAUCAAGUUAUUACCACCAACAAUUCUUAAACCAGUUGUGCUUUGGUCUGGAAAGCAAGUUCUGUCAACUAUUAUAAUAAACACCAUUCCCAAAGGAAAACCUCUCCUUUCAUUGACUGGCAAAGCUAAGAUUAGCUCAAAAGCGUGGCAAUGUGAGCCGCCACGCACAUGGAAGGCCGGGGGAACGGUAUUCUCUGAUCCAAAUACUAUGACAGAAGCAGAAGUUGUUAUUAGAAAAGGAGAACUUCUGAGUGGUGUACUGGAUAAAACACAUUAUGGUGCGACACCUUACGGUUUGGUACAUUGCAUGUACGAAUUGUAUGGUGGUGACAGUUCCAGUGCAUUGCUCAGUUCAUUUUCAAAAGUCUUUACAUUUUACCUUCAGUGGAUUGGAUUCACUCUCGGGGUCAAAGACAUUCUUGUUGUAGACGAGGCGAACAAGAAAAGAGAUGAAUUCAUACGUUCGGUUCGAAAUGCGGGGAAGGGUGCCGCCGUCAAAAGCACUGAACUUCCAGAAGAUGUUGAUGAUGGAAUGUUAAAGGACACAAUCGCGGAAAUGUGUGCUAAAGAUCCAAAGUUUCGGACGAGUUUGGAUAGACAAUACAAAAACAUGCUUGACACUUUCACAAAUAACAUAAACAAGGUCUGUUUAUCAGAAGGUUUAUUGGAAAAAUUUCCAGAUAACAAUCUUCAGUUGAUGGUCCAGUCUGGUGCUAAAGGAUCUACUGUAAACACUAUGCAGAUCUCCUGUUUGCUUGGGCAAAUUGAAUUAGAAGGUAAAAGGCCCCCACUUAUGAUAUCAGGUAGAUCUUUGCCCAGUUUCCCUCCUUACGACGUCUCGCCACGAGCCGGAGGGUUUAUCGAUGGACGUUUUAUGACAGGAAUUCAGCCGCAAGAGUUUUUCUUCCACUGCAUGGCUGGACGUGAAGGUCUUAUUGAUACCGCCGUUAAAACCAGUCGUUCAGGUUACUUACAGAGGUGCUUGAUCAAACAUUUGGAAAGUCUGAUGGUUGCGUAUGACCAUACAGUAAGAGAUGCGGAUAAUAGCGUCAUUCAAUUUGCUUAUGGUGAAGAUGGGUUAGACGUAUUAAAGUGCCAAUAUCUCAAACAGGGCCAGUUUGAAUUCUUAGAUAAAAAUUCAGAUGCUGUCGUAAGCAAGGGAGUACUUAAGAAACUUAAAGAAGGCCUGGACGCUAAAUCUAUUGCUAAAUUACAAAAAUCUCUAAAGAAAUGGAAGAAGAGAAAUGGCAGCCCAUUCCAAAAAACAAGGGUUAGUGGAUUUACCCAGUUUUCUGCUUUAGCCAAGAAAGAUAUAGAGCUAGACGAUAUGCCAACAGAUAAAACAAGAGAUCCAUUUUAUUGGGAACUAGAAAAGCAAUGGAGAUCUUUGGAUGAAGAAGAGAAAUCUCAAUACGUAUUAAAAAAAUGUCCCGAACCAAUACCCAGCAAAAUGUCUCCUGAAUACAAACUGGGUGUAAUAAACGAACAAUUACAGGAUCUUAUUGAUAACUACUUGAAAACUAGAAAAAUAAGUGAAUAUGAAUACUGUACCGAUAGUGAUAAAUUCGCCGAAGUGAUGAGCGCAAAAUUCUUAGAAUCGAUGGCAGCCCCAGGAGAGCCCGUGGGAUUGUUAGCGGCUCAGUCGAUCGGAGAGCCCUCCACUCAGAUGACACUGAACACCUUCCACUUCGCCGGUCGUGGUGACAUGAACGUCACCCUUGGUAUCCCUCGUCUGCGAGAAAUCCUCAUGACUGCGUCGGCGAAAUUAAAGACACCCAGUAUGGACAUACCGUUCCUAGACCUGCCAAACUUAAAUAAGAAGGCCGAACGUCUUCGGCAGAAGCUAAAUAGAGUUACGGUAGCUGAUGUUCUGGAAAAGAUCGAUGUGCAGUGCCAGAUAGUAAUCAAUCCAGAGAGGCAGUUAAAGACGACGAUGCGUUUCACGUUCUUACCACACUCUCAAUACAAGUCGCAGUAUGCGGUAAAGCCGGCCCAGAUCAUAAAUCACAUGCAGAAGAAGUUCUUUGAUGAGAUGUUUGCGGUAGUGAGGAAGCAGGCUAAGACCACCUGCGGUGUGGUAUGGGCGACGGAGCAGAAGAAGCAACGGUCCCGCGCAAAUGAUGACGAUGAGACCGAGGACACGCCUGAGCUGCCCGAACCGGCUGAUAAGGGGGACGCAGAUAGUUCUGAUGACGAAGCACCUAACGAAGAUGAUGACAAUACCGCGGCGAAAAUCCGCAACAAGAGGACCGAAGAACAAGAGUACGAAGAUCCAGAAUCCGAAGAAGAGGAGAAAUCAGAUGACGAAGCGGAACUCGUCGACGACCAAGCGAAAGAGACGGACUUAGACGAGUCGAAGGACGUAGACCCAGACUCCAGCAAAAUCAUGUCCAACGUCGUGGAAAGUCUUAAAAGCGCCACCAAUUACACCUUCGAUACCAAAAAACACCAGUGGUGCGAACUCACUGUGCUGUUCCCAAUAUCAUUCCUCAGAGUCGAUCUAUCACAAGCUUUGCGGGAAGCAGCUGCCAAAUCAGUCGUACACGAAAUAAAGAACAUCAAACGAGCCAUAACCAACAAGGAGAAGAAUGUCCUAUUCCUCAGAACUGAAGGAAUAAAUAUAUUGCAAAUGUUCAAGUAUAAUAAUCUGUUGGAUCUAAAUAAACUUUACAGUAACGAUAUACACGCCAUAGCCAACACUUACGGCAUAGAAGCGGCCAAUAAAGUGAUAAUAAAGGAAAUUCAGAACGUGUUCAACGUCUAUGGUAUUACCGUAGACCCGAGACACUUAACCCUUAUAGCUGACUACAUGACCUAUAAUGGGAUAUUUGAGCCCAUGAGCCGUAAAGGAAUGGAGGCGUCGUCUUCGCCGCUUCAGCAGAUGUCCUUCGAAUCGUCGCUUAUAUUCCUAAGGGAUGCGGUAAUGAAUUCCAAGAAGGAUAAUCUGCGGUCGGCCUCCAGUUGUCUUAUGAUAGGGCAGCCUUGCCGCAGCGGCACUGGCAUGUUCGACGUGCAACUCAACAAAUUUGCGUGUGAUGUUAAAUCUAUCAAAACUUAGUUCAAGUUGUGACUUGUGACUAUAUAUUUUAUUCUAUAGUUAAGAAUAUUGUAAGAUUAUAGACAAAUCAAGCAUUUUUCCUUGUAAAAUGUAAUCAAAACCAUUGUUUUUGAAAUAAAACUACAGAAUGUUUUUGAAAA